AUGACAUGGCCACCCCCCAACCCCGGCGGCGUAAACCUCCAGUUCAUCGCCGAAGCGCAACAAAUCAUAAACAGCCACAACCAGCACCACGCGCACCAGCCUUCGUUCACUCACGCUACCGGCGGCCACGCACCCAUCACCAACGACGAAAUCGAAUCAGAAGCUGCCUUCAACGCCCAGUUCACUGGCCCCCCCGUGCUGUUAGACUACGAUACACUCACCGGUGCGGGUUCCAGCAGCGGUGGGUACAGCGCGCACCGUUUACAUGGGCAAUCACCACAAACAGGAGGAAGUAGUAGUGCUGGUAAGGCGGAGGCUCCCAGUAAAGCCACGCUGGAAACACGCAAGGGUAUACAGGCACGGGGCAAGAAUUGGAAUUCAUUCUCUGGCGAAGCGCAGGGGAGGGCGUGGGAGGAGAGGCAGAAGAGGGAUGAGGCGGUUAGUAUACUAGAGAGUGAGGAGAUGCUCAUGUGGAUUGCGGGGGUGAGGAAUGAGAGUGUACCGCAAACGCGCGCGUUUUACCGUAACAUCGUCCUCGGUCUCUCACAACCGGAUGCGGAUUGGAAGGACGAGUGGGAGGUACAAGGUACUGGAAGUGGAGCCGCAGAAGGGCAGGUUAUGGCUGGGAGUGGAAGUCCGGCGAGAAGUGGAAAGGGUAAGGAGAGGGAUAUUGCAAAGAUGAGGAAGAGAGUUAGUUCGGGGCAAGGAACUGCUUGA